AUUAAACAUGGUGCUACUUAAGGCCAUAACCAUGGAUUUUUGAGCAAUUUUGGGGUGGGGGGGAUUUCCUAUGUACGAGCGAAGAAAUUGAGGGAUCUCAGAGCAGCUUUCAGGUCGUUCAGUCCCAGGUCAGCCCCAACAUGGGAGGAAUUCAGCCCCUAUAAAGGCUGUGGGGGCUGCAGGUGCUGCCAGACCCGGUGGGAUUCAGGGCUGAUUCCCAAAGGAACUCUAUCCCAAGAUGAAGCUGCUCUUCGUUGGGCUGGCCUUCGUCCUGUGUGUUGGAGUGGUUGAAGCACUUCAGUGCAAGGUCUGCAAAUACAAAAUCCCCUACUUUGGGUGCUACGUUGGGGCCAACGAAACCACCUGCGAGCGGAGGGAGAAAUGUGCCAUCAUCAAAACCUCCCUGGGGAAGAUGACCCUCUAUUACCAACAAGGCUGCACCUCUGCCCUGAACUGCGGCAGGGAGAGGGCGUCAGAUGCAGAAUCCCGCCUGACAUCCCGAUAUUCCUGCUGUGAAACUGACCUGUGCAACGAGGAGUGGGAUGAGGAUCCAUAGAUUAAUCCCAAUGGGGUCACAAUGGGGUCCCCCAAGGUGGCCCAGCCCUUUCCACACCCAAUGGGGUCCCCCAACAUGGCCCAGCCCUUUCCAUUUGCUGCGAGUCCUGAACCAAAUUUUAACUAUUUUGCCCUAAAUCAGGAGGUUUGGACCCAACCUGCCUGCAGGGCUCCCCUGUGCGCCUGGCCUGAUUCUUAUUCCAGCUCUUGCAAUAAACCAGCUGUCAAUCACAGGCCCUGCAAAAUUUUGGCUCAUGUGUGCGCUUUCCUUCUCCAGGCGUUCCUAUUAACAGCCCUUCAGACUCAGCACUCUCAGUGGCCCCAAGCUUAAUCCCAAACUAAAACCCCAAGGGCAGCCCAAGGUGCUUUUUCCUGCUUGCAUCCCAUUUCUCCUAGCAUGCGGGGCUGGGAUUUUUGCAGCCUUCUUAACCAAGGGUUGAGCAUGGGAUGCUAAGAGGAACAAAGGUGAUACGUAUCUACAAGGCACAGGUAUUUAUUUCACCUAAACGAACUCCAAAUUCCCCUAUUUUUCAAGAACUGGCUCAUCCAUCAAAUGCAAAGAGGCAAAUGGUCCCCAGGAGGCACCAAACUCCUGUUCCUGACUUCAGGUGGGACCUAAAGGGGUGGGGUGGGUUAUUCUGGGUUUCUCAAAGGGCAAAGAAAAAAACAAAACCCAAACUGCUAUAAUGUGGGGAGAAAUCAUAAGGAUAAAACGUGGGAGUUGUGUGGUUGGAGGUUCUGGGUCAAGUUUUGGGGUUAGAAGG